GGAAAACAUAGUAAACGAGCUCGCUCUAGAUCAAGCGAUUCAGAUGAAGGGCUUUCUAAAAAACAGCUCCUUCGACGUUUGCUUAAAUUAGAACGAAAAUUGGAACGUAAACGUACCCGCGCUCGUCGUUCGACAUCGAAAGAAAACAGGCCGCCUAAAGGACGCCACGUUUCUGUUCGCCAUCGCUCGAGCAGCGUGGGUUCAGAUGCGUCGGGCAAUAGCGACCGUGAUAGCUGUUAUCCGCGGGAUACAGUAUCACAUAUUCGCAAAUCUUGCUCUUUUAGUGAUAGUCGCAGCCCGCGCGGCUCGGUAUCACCUUCAAGCGAAGGCCGCAGUCAGACCGGCGCCAUUUCCAUCCCGCAAACGGCGAAUUUAUCCACACAGGACCAUGACCGUGACCUACAUGUUCCUACGGAGAAUUCGGUUACGAAUGCUGACGUUUUAUUAAUCAACGAUGAGGCAGAGUUGACGGAGGAGAUUUUGGAGCUGUUGGGGGAUAACCCGGACAAAAAUAUUUCUCAGAAACUCCUUUUACACCCAGAAAUUAUAGCUAGGUGGAAUUUUUUUUAAAGCACGGCAUAACUCAACAGCUAAAAACUAAGCUUUUCGAAACGUAUAUUCUCGAUUCGAAUUGUGAAGCUUUGAGUCCACCGAUCCUAAACCCGGAAGUAGCAGCGGUUCUGUCAGGCGCUAACUUAAAUCGCGACAAAGCGAGAUCGAGCCUACAAAGCCAAUUAAGUAGGGGCCUAUUAGCGUUAGGUCUAGGUUUUUCGGCUAUUUUAGAGGAGUCUAGCAACAUUCCUUCUCCCUUAAGGGACAAAUUGCUAACUUCGUUUACGGACGCCGGCCGGCUUUUUACUGAUUUAUUCUUUACGGAAUCAAUGACGCGACGUUCAUUAAUCGCACCGAUCCUUAAUAAAGAAAUUAAGGAUCUUGUAGAUCCGUCAGAAGUGGAUACCUUUUUGUUCGGGUCGGACUUAGCGGACAAAAUUAAAUCGGCAAAAAUUAUUAAAUCUACGGCUAGAGAGUUAAGAGCACCUGCCGUACCCACCACAUCCUUCCGUCAAAAAUCAGCGAGAUGGAACAAAAAGCCGGCCACCGCUACUCGACCGCAGUCGGAAAACAGGAAUCGCCCGAUUCGUCGCAAGGGAGAAACGGAUCUUUACAAAGGGCGCUCCUACCGCAGAGAAUCGAACAGUCGGAGAGACACAUUCAGAGGCAGAGGCAAACAACAAUAACCGAGCAAUCGACCACAUCCUUUGGCGAAGGACCUUACCCUGGUGGCGACAAUUUUGUCAGGAAAGCCUUCCGCCUGAAAGGAGCUCCAGAGGAGUCUACAAGCACCAUACUGAAAUCGUUGGCACCUGCAACUCUCAAACAAUACAACAGGACCUAUAAGCUGUGGUGGGACUUCUGUAAGAAGACUAGAACUCAUCCUUUUUCUGCAAAUUCUACUGAGGUACUGCGAUUUUUGCAGGAUAUUUUGGAGAAUUAUAACCUAGGUUAUGGAUCCUUUAAUAGUCACAGGUCUGCACUUUCAUUAGUCUUAGCCGUCAACCUAGAGCAGUGUUCCUUAAUUAAGCGAUUUUUAAAAGGAGUUUUUAAGUUGAGACCAUCCAAACCUAGAUAUGAUGUUACCUGGAAUCCACAAAUAGUUCUUGAUUUUUUCAACACGGAAGAAGUCGUAGAUCUACAGACACUAUCGAAACGCUUAGUAACCUUGUUGGCACUGAUUACAGGACACCGUGUACAAACCUUUUCUGUUAUUAGAACGUCAAAUAUUGUUCGACAUGAGAAGGGAGUCAGAAUCUUCAUAUCGGACAAUAUAAAGACAUCCGGAUUGGAACGGUCGCAACCAGUGCUAGAACUACCGUUUUACCAGGUCAAUCCUAACAUUGCGUAGCUACCUUGCUGUUAAAAUACCUGAACAACACAGCAAACAUUCGACAUCCUGACUCGGAUCUGUUGUUUUUAACUUAUAAGAAACCACACCGACCAGCUACCAAACAGACCUUGAGUCGCUGGAUCAAAGACAGCCUCGAGUCCGCAGGCGUGGAUACGUCGAUUUUCAAACCUCAUUCCACUCGCCACGCUUCGACGUCGAUGGCUUGGCGAAAGGGCGUUUCUCUAGAGGCUAUUAGAAGAACAGCCGGGUGGAGUAAAAAUUCUGAAGUUUUCGCCAGGUUUUACAACAGGCCAUUAUAUCAGCAAGAUAACUUUGCAUUAUCAAUUUUGGAUAACCACGAUUUCUCUUGACGAAAUAUUUUUAUGUAAAUCUCAUGUA